AUGAACCCUUUGAUCACUGCAGUUGAGGAGUGGAUUUUGGAGCAUCCAUCAGCCAUCAGCAUUCUGGAUGAGGAAGAUGGGCCUCCUCCUGCAAUCUUGUUGCGAGUCCAACACGUACGGCACUCGCUGCGACUGGUGGCGGAGAAGUGGCGAGAGACUCGUGCCCAGGUGUUCAUUUGUGCCGAGUCAGAAGAGGAAGAUGAGGACUUUGAUGAGUGGCUGGCAAAGCUGAACAACGUCCUAGCUGAUUGCUUUCUGCCAAUUAGCGAGAUUCUGGCGCUGAUGGUGUCUAGCCCCGCCGAACAAAUUGAAGAGCCUGGCGAGCUUUGCCGCCGCUGGCAAAUUCCAAGAGAUCUUGGCGAGAGUCUUUUGUCGUUUGUGGCUGACAAGUCUCAACGACCCGAUCAGGUUCAGUCAUUGUUGCUAACCAGGUUGUGCUCCUUCAGCGAGGUGGUGCGAUGUGAGCCAGCCCUUGGCCUUGUCCAGCUAAGAUGGACGCAGCAGGGCAACUGCUGUAAGGAGCUUGGCCUUGAAGAGAUGCCUUUGCUUUUAAGCUUAGCCUUCCGCGGCUCCAAUCUGACCGACCGAGUGUCUUUGAGUCGAGCUCACUUCCUUCGUUUUGACCAAGGUUUUGAGCCGUUUCUUCAACAGCCUGAUCCAAGUUGA